AUGCAGUCCUUGUUCUUGAAAGAUGGAGAGGAGCGGGUGAUAAAGAGAAGGAAGAAGAAGCAGGACGGCGGCCUGGAGGAGAAGAAACCCAGGAAAUUCAAAGUACCCAAACCAGGUGUUUCGGCUCUGAACCGGCCGGAGAAGAAGAAGAGGAAGAAGCUGAUGAAGGACUCUCUGUCUCUGGCCGCUAUGAUCCGCCGCUUUAACCGCGAGAAAGAGGAGAUCCGUAAGAAGAACCCGGCGGCUGCAGUCAAACUCAUCCGCGCUCCUCCGAACACCGCUGCCGCCGCCGCCGUUGCCCCCAGCAACGACCUGUCCAUGGCCGACCUGACCUCUGACCCGGCUGUGAUGUCACUGCUGGGCGGAGCCACGGAGAACGACAUGCUGCAGGAGCUGAUGGGCGACCUGGACUUCGGCCUGCUGGACUCUCCUGGGCCGUCCAGUCCGGGGCAGAGUGAGAACGGCACCGCGGCAGCCCAGAAGGCAGGAGCCGCGAGUCGAGUGCAGAAGAUGGGGCUGAUGCCGCCACCACCGCCUCUUCCCAGCAGCCUUCCCGCUCCGCUGCUCAAACGCAUCGAGGACCUGCGCGUGGCGUCUCGUCAGUUCGAUAUGGAGGGCAGGAAGAAGUUUUUCACGCUGGACAUGAACAACAUCCUGCUGGACAUCGAGCUGCAGGUGCAGGAGCAGCCCGCGACGGUGUGCGCCGCCGUCUACUCUCAUCUGGAGGCCUUCGUGCCGUGCAAUAAAGAGGCUCUGCUGAAGCGGCUGAAGAAGCUCAGUCUGAACAUCCAGGACGACCGGCUGCGCACGCCGCUGCACAAGCUCAAGCUGGCCGUGUGCAGCGUCAUGCCGGAGCAGAUUGUGCGAUACAACAUGGACUGCAUGGCCAAAGUCGCCAAGCAGCAGACAGAGGAUUGCGACAGAAAUGGCUCGGAGGACGACGAUGAUGAGAAGCCAGGAAAAAGAGUGAUGGGCCCCAGGAAGAAAUUUGUGUGGGACGACAAACUCAGGUCUCUGCUGUGUAAUCUGGUUCAGGUGAAGCUGGGCUGUUACGAGCUGGAGGGUCAGAGUUCACUCUCGCCUGAAGAUUACUUGAAGGUCUUCAUGGAGACGGAGGUCAAACCGCUCUGGCCCAAAGGAUGGAUGCAGGCCAGGAUGUUGUUUAAAGAGAGCCGUGUGGCUCACAGUCACCUCACAGGAAAUACAGUAAAGAAAAGGAUGUUACCGGCUCCGAAAGCCAAGCCCAAGCCUCAGGACAGCAGUGCGCUCCAGCGACCGUCCGUCUCUGUGGACUCCGCAACUUCUCCAGCCAUCCAGCGUCCAGUCGUCUCAGUAGACACCACUGCUCGUGCUACUGUGCAGCGAGCGCUGUCCCCGCCGGAGCCCAUCUGCCUGUCGGACUCUCUGGACGAGGACCUGGCGGCCCCGUCGCUGGACUCCAUCUCUCACGCUUUGGCCAUGCUGGGCAGCGUCGCCAAAGACCUGGCCCAGUCCAACAGCCCGCCGUCCGCUGAGCUCCCCAAACCGCCCCAGUCACUGCUCACGAAUCCCCACCUGUCCAAAAAGAGUGGGAGCACCCCGUCUCUGCCUGCUCCUGCUCCCAGCGUCCUCUCCUCGAUGCCCGCGUCUUCAGUCGUUAAAAGUGUGAGCGUCCUGCCGCUGGUUCAGAGACACUCAGUUAUUCCCGCUCAGCGACCAUCCGUGACUCCGCCCACCAAGAUGGGCUUGUCUCAGGUGAAGCCCCGCCCUCCUCCAACAGCGUCGCCUCUUCACGCCCCUCAGAAGAUUCUGGCGAGAAAAACGGUAGUCGCCAUACCAACAGGCCUCAUCAAAACCAGCAAUAACAGCUCGGCACGCACGCUUCCCGCCGCUUCCUCGCCAUCGCUUUUAAAAGUCAAAUCCGUGCAGCCUUUCCAUGUGACGCCGCAAGGCAAAAACCACGCGUCGCCCAAACCCGGCUUCAUCACGCCCAUGCAGGCCACCCUCACCAAGUCGCCUCACAACCCCAGCUCGCCCAUCAUCAAGCUCACGCCCACCGCCUCGCCCGUCAUCACCAGAACGCCCACGUUACCUAGCAUGCACCAGCACGCCUCCAAUAGCCCGGGCUUCCACACAGGGUUCAUUGCCGGCGGUUACAGUGCCCCCGUGGGGCAGAAGAGUUCAUCUCAGGGCAACAGUAUCUCUGGACUCACCAUGACAACCGUGCCUGUCACCAAGCAACCGGCCACCAGCGUGUCACCGGUGACGGGGACGGUCAGUCACAGUCAGCGACACAGACAAGUGGGUGGAGCUAAUCAGGGAGUGAAGACAAUCACAUCUGUGUCCACGGCCACAGCGUCUCCACUCUCACAGGUGUCGUCCUCCAGCGCUCUGCUGGGCUCGGCCGGUCCGUCUCUGCCGCUGGGCUUCGGGAUGCUGGGAGGUCUGGUUCCCGUCUCUCUCCCGUUCCAGUUUCCAAACCUGCUGAAUCUUCCUUCCUCUGUGGUUUCCACGGCGAGCACCGGCGCCUCGACCAAUCCCAGCAGCUCAGGGUUCAACCUUCCCCAGAAUGUGUUAAAGGGUCUCAUGUCAGGGGCUCAGGCCGCUCUGCCUCCACACUUACAGCUGGCUUUCUCAGAUGUCAAUCAAACGCAGGGCGGAGACUUGAAGAGGAAGAACCUAUGACAUCGCAGAACUCUGAUCCGGGACUGACUCCGCCCACUUUUAUGCAUGAUGUGCUGGCCGUCCAAUGAGACGGAGCCGUUUUUAUAUGCAUUUGAAUAUUGAUGCUGAUGAGUAAUGUUAUUUGUUUGAAUGAUGAUCCAUGGGUUGUACAUAUGUAUCAAUGUUUACACAGACAGACCUGAUCACUGUGACGGGGAGAGAAACACUUUUAAUUGUGUGUGUGUGUGUGUGUGUGUGUUUGCAUGUCGAUUUGCGCGCAGCUUCUGUAAAUGAGGAUUUUUUUAAUGUGUGGAGCAUAUGAAUAUUGAUGAGUGAAGGUGUUCCUCCCUCUCUGGUGUGGGUCUGUGUCUCUGGUGCUGUUUACCAACGAAACGCCCUUUAAAUUGUUCAAACCAAAUGACAAAGGGUGGGACGGUGACCAUUGUAAUAUACUUGAACUUUCAGGAUUCGUUUACUUAAGUUUCAGGACACAAGCAAAAUAAAAAUGCAGAAGCCUUAGUGAAAA